AACAUGUUUGAGAGUGUGUGAGGCGCACUAUUUACGCAUACGCUUAACACGCAGGAUAUUUAUAAAACCAAGGACAGGUUAAAACACCGUCGACAUAUUAAUAAUAGGAAAAGGGAAAUGGCGCAUUUUACCGUUUUGUUUUCUCUUCCGUAAAUAAGUGUUGCUAGUAUUAUUUUGCAUUUGUUAGCCGUCAUCUUGACUUACGUAGUUAAAAAACAGACAGGCUAGCUCGAGCAGUGAAGGUAAACAAAUCCUUAAAAUCUGCAAUUUAGCUUUAAUUAGGCCCUUUGUUGAAUAUGGCAUAGCAUUUUCUAAACUAAAACACUGCAAUUGGUGACAGCCGGUAUAAUGUCAAUUUGGCUGUUGCAGCAACGAACUGGCCUUUGUAAACAGUCCAGCUGUGGUAUAUUGUUGUCACUGUCAAAGAGAAAAUGCCAUGGCCUAUCAUACAAGCUGGCUUUCGGAGAUGGCGUUAAACAUCUUCUUUCCCGAUGCACGAAUGUCAGGAAAAGACUUCUUCCAAAAUCAGAGUGGACAAAUCAAAGUCAGCCCCUACAACUCAUGCAGAGUCUUCUACACAGGCCCUUGGGUUAUGGCAUGGAGGGAAUUGGCAAAGAGUUAAUCAGGCGCAACCUCUUGAGGAAUCCUGUUGGUUUGGUGAAUUUAUUAGGAUCUACUAACUUUUUCAGUACAUCACAGUCUAAAAAAGAGAAAAAUAAAACUGAUGGACAGACAGGAAAAAGUCAAGAGGACGAUGAAGAUGAGAAAAAACGGCGUGAGCAGGUAGCCCAGAUGUACAGAGAGCGUCUUCGAACCCUCUUCAUCAUUGCUCUAAUCCUAAGCCUGGUAAACUCCAUCAACACUAGUGGUGGUAACAUCUCAUGGAGUGACUUUGUUAAUGAGAUGUUGGCCAAAGGAGAGGUGUCACGUGUACAAGUUGUUCCAGAAAGUGACAUUGUUGAAAUCUACCUUCAUCCUGGUGCUGUCAUCUUUGGAAGGCCUAGGCUGGCACUAAUGUACAGAAUGCAAGUUGCAAACAUUGACAAAUUUGAGGAGAAGCUGCGAGCUGCUGAAGAAGAGUUGAAUAUUGACGCAAAGGACAGGAUUCCUGUGUCAUACAAACGCACUGGAUUCUUUGGAAAUGCACUCUAUGCUGUGGGAAUGGCUGCUAUCGGUGUGGCUAUUCUCUGGUAUAUCCUUCGACUGGCCGGCAUGGGUGGCAAAGAUGGUGGUUUCAGUGCUUUUAGUCAACUGAAGAUGGCCAAGUUCACCAUAGUGGAUGGAAAGUCGGGUAAAGGUGUGAGUUUCAAAGAUGUAGCAGGCAUGCAUGAGGCUAAAACAGAAGUCAAGGAGUUUGUUGACUACCUUAAGAGCCCACAACGAUACAUUCAGCUGGGAGCUAAAGUGCCCAGGGGUGCACUGCUGCUGGGGCCUCCAGGCUGUGGGAAAACACUGCUGGCUAAAGCUGUGGCUACUGAGGCCCAAGUUCAAUUUCUGGCCAUGGCUGGCUCCGAGUUUGUUGAGGUCAUCGGAGGUCUGGGUGCAGCUAGAGUCAGGAGUCUUUUCAAGGAGGCUCGUUUGCGAGCGCCAUGCAUCGUCUACAUUGACGAGAUCGAUGCUGUCGGAAAGAAGCGGUCCACCAACAUGUCAGGUUUCUCCAAUUCUGAGGAGGAGCAGACCCUCAACCAACUGCUGGUGGAGAUGGACGGGAUGGGCACCACAGACCAUGUUAUUGUCCUCGCCUCCACCAACAGAGCAGAUGUCUUGGACAAUGCUCUGAUGAGACCAGGCCGACUGGACAGGCACAUAUUUAUUGAUCUUCCUACACUGCAGGAGAGGAAGGAGAUCUAUGAGCAGCAUCUUAAGAAUUUGAAGUUGACACAACCAGCUAAUUUUUAUUCUCUACGACUCGCUGAGCUCACCCCAGGCUUUAGUGGUGCAGACAUCGCAAACAUUUGUAAUGAAGCUGCUCUGCACGCAGCCAGAGAGGGAUACAAGUCGAUUGAUACCUUUAACUUUGAAUACGCCGUGGAGAGAGUGAUAGCAGGAAGUGUAAAAAAGAGUAAAAUUCUGUCUAAAGAGGAGCAGAAAAUUGUUGCCUUCCAUGAGUCUGGACAUGCACUGGUGGGAUGGUUACUGGAGCACACAGAGGCAGUAAUGAAGGUUUCCAUUGCCCCACGGACUAACGCAGCCCUUGGAUUUGUCCAGAUUUUGCCUCGUGAUCAGUACCUGUUCUCCCAGGAUCAGCUGUUUGAGCGGAUGUGCAUGGCUCUGGGAGGAAGAGCUGCUGAAGCCAUCACCUUUAACCACGUUACAACAGGAGCUCAGGAUGAUCUGCGCAAAGUUACCCGUGUGGCCUACUCUAUGGUGAAACAGUACGGCAUGUGUGAUAGUGUGGGACAAGUCUCCUUCCCAGAGACCGAAGAACAAGGUGCCAUCGGACGUCGGCCCUUCAGCAAAGGCCUGCAGCAGCAAAUGGACCACGAAGCGAAGCUGUUGAUAGCCCGUGCUUACAGACACACAGAGAAGCUGCUGCUGGACAACAGAGACAAACUGACACUGUUGGCCAGUGCUCUGCUGGAGCGGGAGGUGGUGAAUUACAACGACAUCGAAGCCUUACUGGGUCCGCCACCUCACGGGCCCAAGAAGAUGAUCCUCCCCCAAAGUUGGGUGGAGGCAGAGAAAGACAAACAAGACACAGGAGAUGAGGAACCUCAACCACCUUCUUGGAAACACAGAGAUGAGGAGGAGAUGAAUUCCCAGCUGACUUAGUUGUAAAAUGUAAAACUAUAAAGUGACAAACCUCUGCACAUGGCUGUAUUUUUAAGUUUGAUCAGAGGCAGAAGAAAUUAAAAUAAAAAAAGUGAUUUUUUUCA